GUCCGUUAUAUUGGACCCCCGCCAGCAUAUGAGCGUAAGAUAACGAAUACGUCAAACACAGACAGAGAGAGAGAGAGAGAGAGAGAGAGAGAGAGAAGGCUCAAGGAAGGAAGAGAAGAGAGCAAAGCGAAAGUAGUCGGAAGCCAGGGAGAGAGGGAUCGCCACUACGAAGGACAGAGCAAGCCAAGAAUCCAGCGAGCCAGCGUUUGGCACACGCAGCUACGAAAGCUACAGAGAGGAGGAGGAGGAGAAGGGACAGGAAGUAAGGAGGAUCAGGAGUGCGUGCGGAGAGAGGAGAGGAGAGGAGAGGAGAAGCUGCGAAGGAGGAGGGGGGCUCACAGGACAUCAAAUAUAGACAGAGCGUCACCUCUCUCUCGAGACUUCGAAGGAAAGAAAGGAAAGGGAGAAGACAGGAAGGGAGAAAGAGAGAAGGGAAGGAAGCGGGAGCAAGUGACUUGCAUCGCUGAUUGAUUCCUCGCACCUGCCACCACAGCGCGGCAGGCCCAGAGUGCAGCACUGCCUUGACUUUCAGAAUUUGGAUUUUGCUGCAGGGAGCAGCAGGGGAGGGCUUCGGUCGUUGUCAUCGUCAUCGGUUGGGCGGACACUGUCAAGCCUCUCCUCUGCCUGUUUACUAACGUAUCUAUCUAUCUGUCUAUCUAUCAAUCAAUCUAUCUAUUCAUCAGUUGACCGUCUACAUAUCUAUCUAUCCAUCCACCUCCACGAUCCUGCGUCGCCUUCGUCCAUCGCCAUCGAGGUCCAGAUCGUCAGAUUGUACGGCGAACCGAGUGACGACGACGAGGGGCUCCUUCUGCGGUCCGCGAGGAGGAGGGGCGCGAGGUCUGGGACGAGAGGACGUCGGCAGGAACGGCGGCUGCGCGGACGUAGAUGCGGAGCAAGGCGCCGGGGCGGAGUGGGAGCGCGGAGCUGUUGAUGGAAACGGAAGCCAGCGGCAGCGCCGACCCGAGAGCCCUGUGAUGCCGACCUGCCUGCAGAAGCAAUUGUGCGGGGCGCUGGGCAGCGGCGGGGCGGGACCGCCCGUCGGGGGAGCUCUGGGGCUGGGCGUCGACGAGAGUCCCCGCUCCAUGUGCAUGAACGAUGAGUCGUCCUUCCUCUCGUGCACCACUCUCAACAUCCUCGCGCCCAUCUACAAGCGCCUGAACCAAGAGGGCUCGUCGCUCGAAAGUCAUUGUCGCGAAUCAUGGCUCAUUAGAAACGAGCGAAUCCUGGAAUUGCUCGUCCGCGAGAAGUCCUCCAUAAUCUGCCUGCAGGAAUUUUGGCUCGGAAACGAGGAGCUGGUCAGACUUUACGAGGACGGCUUGAGCGCCGCGGGCUAUGGCAUGUUCAAAUUGGCCCGCACCAACAACCGCGGCGAUGGGCUCUUCACCGCCUACCGGACGGACGGGCUCGAGGUUAUGGACUACUCGGAAAUUCUCUUCUACGACUGCGGAGAUAGGGUUGCGCAAUUCCUGCACAUGAAGAGUGACCAUCGGAGCAGUUUGCAAGAGCUGCUCGUCGUGAAUACGCACCUGCUGUUCCCGCACAAUUCCAAUUUUUGCCUCAUUCGAUUACGACAGGUUUACAAGAUCUUAGACUACUUGGAGAAGUACAUCGAGAAACUGCAGCUGUCUCCCAUGCCCAUCAUUCUGUGCGGAGAUUGGAAUGGCAGCAAAAGGGGCCAAGUGUACAAGUUUCUCCGGGCGCGUGGAUUCGUUUCGUCGUACGACAUGGCGCACCAGUACACGGACAGCGAUGCGGAUUCGCAUCGCUGGGUGAGCCAUAGAAAUCACCGGGGCAACAUUUGCGGCGUGGACUUCAUCUGGCUCCUGAACCCGAGCAAGCACCAGCGACCUCUAUCGGAGUGCUGGAAGGAGGCCGUUUUCAUGAUCAUGAAGGCGAAACUGCUGGAAAUGGGUAUCAAGGACGAGAAAGAUACCAUCGAAUUCUUCGAAUGUGAAGACGCCACGGAGGACGAUCUCGUGCCUUUCGAGAAAUUCCAGCACGCUCUGAACAGGCUUGGGCUCAUGGACGAAGAUUCCGAAGGGCUCACGACUCCGGAGAUCGAAGACCUGCUGCAGAGCACCGCCCCCGAGAACACGGGGUUCAUGACGUACGGUGAGUUGAAGACUCUGCUCAACCUGCACCAGGCAGAGCCAAUGUCGAGCUGUUUGCUCAAAGAUAAGUUGGAUGACUCCACAUAUCUCUGCAAGGACACGAUUCCUGCUUCUCCCAUCCCCGCCAAGGCCAACAGCAACAAUGGCUUGUCUUCGGGCGAUUGUCUGUACUCACGCAAGGUCGUCCCUGUGGAAGGAAUGACGACGAUGAAGAUUGCUGACGACAUUGUCGAGAAACACCCGUGUUCCGACUUUGAUGUCAAGGACGCCCAUUUGUUCCCUCCCGAGGUCGAGCAGGGCUUCUGGCCCGACAGCUACUCACUAUCCGAUCAUGCCUUUCUGACUGCCGUUUUUUCGAUUAGUCCUACAGUUCUCACAGCAUGAAUGUCAAGCUAAAUAUGUAGAAAAGUCCAGCGCCAUGUUCAGAGUGCUGGGCUUCGAGUAGAACACCUUGAUACACUUAAACGGAUGACAAUUUACUCAUCUAUUGUAUACUGAUCGUCCCAUGGCCCAUUGGGGUUCCAGUGGACUUAAAAGGUCUCAUUCAUUCAUUCAUUUGAUCACCGCGUGUAUUGUGACUAGUUUCAUUGACGAAUCACUGAACCAGCUUUUUAUAUUCUAUGUUGAUAACUCUGCCGCAUCAAGAGUUCUACUCUCAGAUCCUGCUCUUCCAGUUCCGGUUUUAGUCUGCCGGUCGGUUCGAUCAUCAGGGGUCGUUUCAACCUCCAGUAUUGUCAGCAAUUUGCCGGAUUGUGUGUACCUGGAUAAGGAUCGUUUGGGAAUCUAUGGAGUAAUUGAUUAUUAUUUGCAGAUUUGGUAUGUAGGCUUGGGCUAGUUUGAAAGACGAGUGCAACAUUAGACGGGUCUGAGAUUCCGGACAUGUGCGGGCCGAAGAGUGCAUAGUCUGUAGGUUAUGAGUUUAUGAGUUUGAUUCGC